CUCUGGACCUUCUGGUUCCUGGACAGGAAUGUGUUCUAGACAUACCACCACCAGAGGAUCCCUUUUCUUCCCCAGAGGUUGAAUGGGGAAGUGUAGUCUGUGGAGCUAUCCAUAGCUACUGCUUUCCAUUUUGAAUUUUUUAUUUGGACAGUGGAUUUGCUCAGUGAUGUGUUUUCAUGCACAAUUUCUGUCAAUUUUAGUGGGAGCUGAAAGUCUCUGAGUGACCCAUUCAUCUGGAUCAGACCAAGGCUGCCAAUUGGUCUUUCUGUGGUAGCUGAAAUUUGGGAGUGAAAUGCAUGUGAAUAAAGGACACUUCCUGGUCUUGGGGGUGUCACAAAAGAUCCAAGACAUUGACCUUACCUGACUAGUUGAUCUUUCUAAGACCAAAUCAAAUCUCGAUGAAUUUAAACCUCAAGAUAAAGUGAAGACCUUAGGUAACAUAUGAUUUCCUCUAACAAUUAGUCUGGCCCAUCAAGCAGAAUUGAGAUAAAUACACACAGCCAGUGUAUCCUUCAGCAAGCCUCUUUUAAUGAUUUAAAAAGAACUUCUAACUUUUACAAAUAAUUGUGUUCAGAGACAGACUUUCAAUCUAAAGAAAAGAGCAAGGACCUAGCUCUCGUGGCGGAAUGUAGAAACAGAAGCCUCCAGAUUGAUCUCUGCAGAUUUUAACGUGGGCCACUUUUGUCCUCAUAUUCAGCCUGAUCCUAAAGCCCUUACAACUAAGCCAAUACCUGCUUGGAUUCUUCCUGACAACUGGCAAAGAUGUCACGUUCCACUUCUUAUCUCACCACCUCUUAACCACAAAUUGGCCCCAGUGGCUUUCAAAAGGGGAAAAAAAAAUUGUACGAGUUUGAGACUGUUUAUGUACUCAUGACUAAAACCAAAUCUGAGAUCUUUGGAACUCUUAGCUGGCCCUGGGGCAUGCGAGCCCCCUGUGCAUCCCUUUGGUCCACCUGGAGGCCCGUGAAGACCUUCAGUGGAAGGAAGAGUGGGUCAGAUCAGACGUGUCCAUUUCAUCAGUCAGCCAUCAGUGACAGGCUGAAUUCAGAGACCCAGGCCAGAGUGUGCCAGCUAAAAAAUUUAUCCAAGGAUUCCAAUUAUGCUUUAAAAAAAUCCUACCAGAAGACAUAAAAAACAAUGUUUAUAUGUUAAGAAAUGUUAAUAGAGUAGCUGUAAUUUGAUAAUAUAAAAUAGCUCUGCCUCUAUUCAAAAGUUGAUUUUAAAAGUAGGUAUAUAGUCGCUGUACUUAUUAUUAUUUUUAGAUUGCUUUAAAAAGCAUAUGCGUCCCUAUCUCUUUGGCAAGCACCCAGCGGUGAGUCACGCCCUGCACCCGCAGCAGCCGAUCUCCGGGAGCCUCCGUGAACUUUUCCGAACCCUCCUUGCGGGCCGCACACAGGAUGCCCGUGCCGGGUCGUUUCCCAUCAGCUUCCAGCCACGCUGCUUGCUUGUAGCUAAAAGCAAGCCAGGGAUGCCCGUGUCAGAUGAAGCUGCUUACAAGUCUCCAUGGAAAGGCGGCGCUGGUGCUCCGGCAGUUGGUUUGCUCGGUGCACUCUCUCCAGAGGUCGCCGACCGAGCCCUCCAGGCGGCUCCAGCUUAGGCGCCUCGGGACGCGGGCCGGGGAGA